UUUUGCCACGCCAUUCCAUUAUUUUUGCCGAUGUCAACAGGGACUGCGACCAUUCAUCCGCCACUGACAACCGGAACUGCUGUCGGCAUCAAUAGCCAACAGCCAACACCGUCGUAUCUCACUAUAAACACCCCUACACCCCAUCAAACUAGGAACGCCAGUGCCUCUACCAAGCAUGGCUGAGUCUGCUCCUUCCUUUCUUCACGUCGAACAAUCGCUGCCGAUUUGUGUUGCGUUGGCAGUCACUGGAGGUCUAUUUGAAGUGGCAGCCACAGCAGUGACGGCCCUUCCCAGCGUAAGAGCUGCCAAACACACCACAAAGAGACCGUGGUGGUGGAAAUACAUCGCAGUGGCUGGAAAUGUGACCCUUCAAUUGAUUGGGUCACUCAUGAGUCAUCUGGUUGCUACCUGGUUUGGUCCAGUUAGCAUGGUGGUACCUUUCUUCUACUCUUCUACUCUCUUGUGCAAUAUGCUCAUUUUUGGAGCUCUACUGGGUCUCGAGUUUUUCACCAAAACAGCUAAGACAGGAACGCUAGUGAUUGUCGUGGCAGUCAUCUUGUUGCCAGUGGUGGGUCCCACUGUCCAGGAAGGACAACAGAUUGGAGCGCUGAUGAAGCAUUGGUACUCGAGCCUUUGGCUUUCCAUCUUACUUGUCAUCAUGACAGCAACAGGGAUACUCAUUUUUACAGUUGACAUUGCCCAGAAGUGCACACAACGCACUAUUAUACUGAUACUCCUGGCAGCUCGGGCUUCCUCUAUUGCCGUGAAUCUAACCGUGAGCAAGGGCUUCGUUUCCAAUCCAAGCGAGUUUGUGUUCAUGUUGUUUCUCGUCUUGAAGAUUGUCAGUGGGGGGAUCUAUACCUAUGCCAUUGUGGUACAAUCCACGGCAAUCGAAUGCCAGUCUCAGUUCCUUCCCUUGAACACGACAACUAUUAUUACGGUAAACGCACUCACAGGCAUUCUCAUCUGGGAAGACUACAAGGUAAUGGCCAGCUGGUACGGCUAUUGCUGCGUUUUCUGUCUGCUCGGUCUGGGAUGUGAAUUGUUGCUGGAUACCGACGUUCCAUUGUUGACAGAAGACAAUCCUGACUUUGGUAUUCACAAACGGGCAACCAUGGUCAUGGUUACCACUCCCAUUGAGCAUAGGCGGAGUAGUAUUUUUGGAAGUACCCGACACUGGGGAGCACAAUCCAUGCCACUGCUGCCGAGUCAAUCUACUACUUCUCGUAUUGAAGAAGUCGACGAAUCUGGAGAAGAAUCUGAUGAGGAGGAAGCCCUCCCGCGUCCAUCAUCAACGAUGUCGGACGAAGACUCUGAGUCGGAUACGGAAUCCGCCGAAAAUCGGCCAACAAUGUCAACUCGGGAUGCAUGGAAAUACAUCAUUGGAAUUCCGGAAAGCACAACGAAGAGUAUGCAGAAGAGUGCGAAGGAUUCGUAUGGCGCAAUCUCGUCCAUGACAUCGAAAAGACUCUCAAAAUCCUCAUCCAGUGCUAUCAGUGCUACUUCAAAGGCGACAAAGGCUAUUUCAAAGUCUUCGGCAAAGGCUGCGGGUGCCACAGUGGCUGCAGCAUCAAAGGCUACACAUGUAAUUGCAAAGUCUUCUGGAAAAGCUGCCAAGGCUGCAGUUGGUGUUACAUCGAAGGCCACACAUGCAAUCACCGAGUCAUCUGGUAAAGCUGCGAAGGCUGCAGUUGACGUGACAACAAAGGCCACGAAAGCGGCGUUGCAGGCACCCUCAAAGGCAGCUGGUGCCACGGUGCACGCAACAAAAGCAAUUUUGGUAGCGCCCUCCAAGGCAGCUAGUGCUUCGAUGCAGGCAAUGACAAAGGCAACCCAUGCAAUCACUGAUUCAAAGGAAAGAGCCGACCAUCCUGAAGACCGUCGGGCAGGCUCUGUCUCGUUUGAACCCGUGGAGCCUCCAGUUGAACCUGCAAAGGACACAGCAGCAGCAUCAUCUACAACCACAAAACCCCCAGGAAAAACAACCAGUGCCAAAAAGAGUUCUGUUUCAAAAGCCACCCAUGCACUCACAAAGUCAUCAGGGAAAGCAGCAAAGGCCGCAGUGAGUGCAACUUCAAAGGCAACAAAAGCAAUCUUGGAGUCCCCAGCAAGGGCAGUGGGUGCUAUGUCCAAAGCAACCCGUGUGCUCUCCAAAUCACCAUCAAAGGGCGAUACAACAAUGAUAACACCACACUCUUCAGAUCCUAAUGUCACUGAGGCAACAACAUCAAAGGUAACAGAAGCACACUUGGGGUUACAAGCAAUAGCUCCCAGUGCUGCAAAAUGUCUAGCAAAAGCAACGCCAGCCUCAUCAGAGCCACUCUCUGCAAAUGCCAACACCACAGGGACAGAAACAUUAGAGACAAAUAAAUCGCUCUCCUCAACUGCCCAAGCCCCAGGGAUAGAAAAAUUCGAGGCCAAUGAAGCUAUGCUAGAAAUCCCCGUCAGGGCUGUUGAUGCCACAGAAAACACCGUGUCACAACUUGCUCCAGAGCUGCCGGUGGCAAUGGCUGAGACAAGCCUUCUGGAAACAUCAAAUACAACAGCUGCUCUUGAUGUGGCACCUGUUGCGCCAAAAGCAACAAAAAGCAUAGUGAAAUCACCAGUAGACGUGGCUAGUGGGGCAGCGACUGCAGUAUCAAAAGCAACUGACAAGCUCACUGAGUCAUCAUCAAUGGUCCUGUCUACCACAAUAUCUGCAGCAUCAAGUGCGACUCAUGCACUCACAGAGUCAACAACAAAGGCUUCACAAGCAAUCACAGAAUCAUCUAUGAAAGCAGCAAGUGUCGCUGUGUCCAGAUCAUCAAAAGCAACUCAUGCAGCCGCAAAGUCUUCAGCCAAGGUUGCCAGUGUCGCAGCAUCCGCAACUUCAAAGGCAACACAUGCAGUCAUGGAGUCUUCGUUGAAGGCUGCACGCGCUGCAGUACCUGGAACAUCAAAAGCAGCCCAUGCUCUCAAAGAUUCAACAUCAAAGGCAAAACAUGCAUUUGCAGAAUCUUCCGCAAACGUGUUUAGUGCCACAUCAUCUCUGACUUCCAAGGCAGCUCAUGCACUCACUGACUCAUUGUCAAAGGCAUCGCAUACACUCUCCAGGUCAUCAUCAUCAUCAUCACGAGCCACCAAUACAGAAACAGAAACAAGCAUGUCCAGGGCAACAGAAGCAGUCUCUGAAUCAAUGGGGUAUGCUACAACAACAACUGUGGAUACUACGUCCAAAUCAGAGCAACAAAUUGCAGCAUGGAACACUAAAAUGGCAGAAGAAUCAAUUGAUGAACUAUCAGGGUCAUUGGAGGUGGCCAGCAUCGAUGCUCUGGGCACAACCUCAGAGUGCAAUCCUAAAGCCUCGCCAUCAUCCCAGGGCGCUUCCCCUGAAUCUCCGUCAUCGCUUGUGGUUGAUGACAUGGUGACACUACCAGAAUCAAUGGCUGUGGCUCCGGAGUACAAUGCAACAACAUCUGCAACAUAUGUUGCAUCUGUUGCAUCUGUUGAAUCCAAGGUAUCAAAGGCAGCACAUUCACUGACAGAUUCAACAUCAAAGGCCACCCAUGCAGUUGCUACGUCUACACUGAACACAGCAAGUGCCACAGCAUCAGCAACUUCGCAGGCGGCACACCUGCUCACAGACUCUUCCCUGAAGGCCGCUAGUGCUACAGUGUCAGCCACUUCGAAGGCUGCUCAUUCGCUCACAAAGUCAUCAACGAAUGCUGCACGUGCCACAGCCUCUGCAACAUCAAAGGCAGCACAUUCACUGACAGAGUCAACAUCAACGGCAACUCAUGCAGUUGCAGAAUCUACAGCGAAGGCUGCUAGUGCCACAGCAGCUGCCACAACAAAAGCAACCCAAAAGAUGUUGAAGGGAGUCACAAAGCUCUCAGGCAAGGGCUUGAGAAGUGCGCUGGGAAGAAAAGAUAAGAGCUAG